AUGGAUGUUGAAAUUGACAAGGUGGUCAAGCUGGUGGAGGCCCUCUCAGUUUGGAAGAGUUGCGCUCCGUCAUGGUCACUUCAACUGAAAAGCCACGCUUGGUGUGGCAGCAUUUGCCACACCGAUUCAGCAAAGGCGUGCAAGCAAUUGGACCAGCCAGAGGGGCUCUUGUAUUUCAGAACCUUGCAAGGGCGGCAGUUCAGCCAGUUCAAGCUAGCUCACACAAAUGUUUGCCACAAGCCUCCGCAUCCCGAGUUCACGAAGAAUUUCCACGUGAAGUUUUGGAAUGGACGUGAGUGGGAUGAGAAAGACGUGGUGGGAGGAACGCAGAAGAUGGACGGCUUCUUCAGUUCCUUUUGCCGGAAGGUCGGAAGACAGGCCUUCAACACUGUGGGGCCGACUCCCGAGCGUGCGGAUGCUUUAGAGAAGCAGCUGAACCAGAAAGUUCGUUUGUUCCAGUUGCAGUUUUGGUUUUCAGGCUCCGAUGUGUUUCAAAUUUUCGGGGCUGUGCGACGGGCCGAGAGGACCGAGAGCGGCAGUGCAUCUUUGGCCGCUCUGUCUGUGUUCCAGCCCAUGUUCAAGGCUUCUGCCCAACCAGAGCAGGAGUCGCAGAACGCUCAAGGCGACCAGCACAUCUCCGAAGAGGAGUGUAGCCUGCAGUCGGCUUUGUUCGACGAUGAGUGA